AUGUCAGGGGAAGGGCCUUCGGAGAAAAAGAGGCUCUCAGAAACUGAGGAUAAACUCCAAUCACCCGAGGAAGAAUCCAAGCGGUCGAAGCUGCCGGACGACGACGAGCGUGACGAUUGCAUUUUCUACGAAGAUGACACAGACACCGACUUAGAUGAGUCUUUUGAGGAAGGUCCCGCCGAAUGUGGCCAUAAGGAUACGUACGUGGCUCCGAUGGUCGAUGAGGAAAAGCAAGACGGUAAAAGAAGGUGCCUUCAAGUUGAUUUAUGCAACAUAUUUCAGCACGAAGCUGCUUUUAAGGGAUUACCCCUCUUUGAGUUGUUCAAAGUGAAGCUGAAAUUCAACGACAAACGCCGGGUUGCUAACGAGCCCUUCAAGGAUGCUCGGGUUUGCGGCGAGAUUGUGAAUUUCGUACAGGCUCAUUCCACGAUAGCCAUACCCGAUUAUCAUUUGGAUCUGGAUAAUCCAAUUCCCAUCUCUUACUACUCUGUAAGCCCUAGCGAACCUGAUUUUGUCAAUCUUGAUUCUGAUAACAAGUACACCCUUCUUCCAUUAUCCGGGCCUAAUCCCAGACCCCCCCUCCAGAAAAACUACUCCCUAAUGAUUGAUUUCGCCCUCAAGAUUAACGAUGAGAUUAUGAUGAAAGAUGGUGAAGAACAUAGAAAUCCUCAACUCUUUGGAAAUAAUGAGUCGGUUAACGCGGGUUUACUGGUUCAAUCCAUCAAUAGGAAAUUACAUGUUCGUGGUAAGGGCCCAGUUAUUGUAAGGGAUGUUAUGGGAAAUAGGCUGAAUGGUCGUAUUCUAAUUGCUACACAUUGUGCUGUGUACGAAGGAGCGUGGGCUAAUAUUAAGCUUAAAGUUUUGAAGGAAGGAGUGAGGUUUUUUCAUGGUUUUGUCAUGGCCAGACCUUGUGUGUUCUAUUCCAGGAUUUGUCUGCUGUCCAUUCAGCCGGAAAAUAAGAUCAGGCUGCAGAGAGUUGAGAGGGGUUUUGUGGGGCCCAAUGGAUCUAUUGAGCUUACGAGGUCUGUGGUAGUUGUUCCAUCUUAUGCUUCUCUCAUUAUUGGUGCUGCACUGUAUGAUUGUGAAAAAGGUGGAGAGGUUAUCUGUCGAGGGAGAACUUGUUUUUAUGCCAGAGCAUUUGGAGAAGAAACCCAGCUCAUUUCCUAUAAUGGCGUUGAAACCCUUCAAGUUACCGUCAACUGGAAAUGGGAAGAGCCAUCGGAGAAAAAGAGGCUCUCAGAAACUGUGGAUGAACUUCCAUCACCUGAGGAAGAAGAAGAACCCAAGCGGUCGAAGUUGCCGGACGACGACGAGCGUGACGAUAGCAUUUUCUUCGAAGAUGACACAGACUCCGACUUGGAAAACGAUUUUGACGAAGGACUCGCUCAUUCCACAAUACCCAUACCCGAUUAUAAUUUGGAUCUGGAUAAUCCCAUUCCCAUCUCUUACUACUCUGUAAGCCAUAGUGAACCCGAUUUUGUGAAUCUUGACUAUGAUAACAAGUACACCCUUCUCCCCUUAGCCGGGCCUAACCCCAGACCCCUUAUCCAUUCAAACCACACCCUAUCUAUUGAUUUUGCUCUCAAGAUUGACGAUGAGAUUGUGAUGAAUGAUGGUGCAGAACAUCGUAACCCUCAGCUCUUUGGAAAUAACAAGUCUGUUAAAGCGGGCGUACUGAUUCAAUCAGUCAAUGUGGUAUUAAAUGAUCGUGGUAAGGGCCCUUUUAUUAUAAGGGAUGUCAUGGGGAAUACGGCGUAUGAUCGUAUUCUAGUUUCUUCACAUUCUACUGUGUAUGAUGGAGCGUGGGCUACUAUUAAGCUUAGAGUUUUGAAGGAAGGAGUGAGAUUUUUUCAUGGUUUUAUCAUGGCUAGGCCGUGUGUAUUCUAUUCGAGGAUUUGUCUGCUGUCCAUUCAGCCAGGGAAUAAAAUCAGGCUGCAGAGAGGUGAGAAGGGUGUUGUGGGGCCCGAUGGAUCUAUUGAGCUUACGAGAUCUGUGGUAGUUGUUCCAUCUUAUGCCUCUCUCAUUAUUGGUGCUGCACUGUAUGAUUGUGAAAGAGGUGGUGAGGUUAUCUGUCGAGAGCGUCAGGAGAAGAAACCCAGCUCAUUUCCUAUAAUGGCGUUGAAACCCUUCAAGUUACCGUUAAUUGGAAAUGUGAAAUUUGAAAGUUGGGAGUUAGUUUCUGGUGGACUAAUUGUUUUACUUGUG